UGAAAACCGCGGAGGUGAACUUCACAUCUCUUUUUCUGCUCCGCGGCUCCUUUGCAAUCUUUGUCGGUGUAUACAUAUACACGCACACGCGUAUACAUAUACACACACAAAUCUCUCUCUCUCUCUCUCUCAAUGAGAUGGUGAGGGCAGGUACCGGGAAGCGUAGAACGACGAACUUUGUGUGGAUUUGCGUAGGGCUUCUGGGAGCGGGUCUGAUCGCAGAUCUGUUGUGGGCGUCAUCUUCUUCGUCUUCUUCUGUAUAUCACUCGAUCGCAUCUAAUUGGCUUCCCAGUAAAUCCGACACCUUGAUUUUACCGAAAACAAUUCUUCAAAAUAACACUACCAAGGGGCCUUCCAAAGAUAAAAAAGAUGGUUUACCAGAAAGGGUCUUAACAGCAACUUUUGCUGAUUUGCCUGCCCCAGAACUGAAGUGGGAGAAGAUGGCUUCAGCACCGGUGCCACGGCUCGAUGGAGCAGCAAUACAGAUCAACAAUCUUCUGUAUGUGUUUGCUGGAUACGGAACCAUUGAUUACGUGCACUCUCAUGUUGAUAUUUACAAUUUUACGGAUAACACGUGGGGAGGAAGGUUUGAUAUGCCAAAAGAAAUGGCGCAUUCGCAUCUAGGAAUGGCGACAGAUGGAAGGUACAUUUACAUAGUCAAUGGACAAUAUGGCCCACAGUGUAGAGGGCCUACCGCACAUACAUUUGUGCUGGAUACUGAAACAAAGCAAUGGCAGAAGAUGCCCCCUUUACCAGUCCCUAGGUAUGCACCAGCAACCCAGCUUUGGAGAGGUAGACUCCAUGUGAUGGGUGGCAGCAAAGAGAAUCGACAUACACCUGCCUUAGAUCAUUGGAGUCUUGCAGUGAAGGAUGGAAAAGCUUUAGAAAAGGAAUGGAAGACUGAAAUAGACAUACCACGUGGAGGCCCGCAUAGGGCUUGUGUUGUGGUUGAUGAUCGAUUAUAUGUUAUUGGUGGUCAAGAGGGUGAUUUUAUGGCUAAACCUGGAUCACCAAUUUUCAAGUGCUCUCGUAGGAAUGAGGUUGUAUAUGAUGAUGUUUACAUGCUAGAUGAUGAUAUGAAGUGGAAAGUGUUACCUCCUAUGCCAAAGCCAGAUUCCCAUAUAGAGUUUGCUUGGGUUGUUAUUAAUAAUUCUAUAGUUAUUGUUGGAGGCACAACAGACAAGCACCCUGUAACCAAAAAGAUGACGCUGGUUGGAGAAGUGCUCCAGUUUCAACUAGAUACACGGAAAUGGUCAGUGGUUGGAAAACUUCCUUUCCGGGUGAAAACCACAUUAGUUGGGUUUUGGAAUGGAUGGUUGUACUUUACAUCUGGACAACGAGACAAAGGACCAGAUGAUCCGGCACCAAGAAAGGUCAUUGGAGAGAUGUGGAGAACUAAAUUGAGUUUAUGAGCUAUUUUCUGUUUGAUUCUUUGGUUGAUUUGGCGCCCAUGUAAUCAUUUAUUAGCUUAUUGUCAAUUCAAAAUGUUGCUAUUCUAUAAUCUCUUAUUUUCGAACAUGAAAUGAUAGGUUCUUUUCAUUUCUGGUGGAGGAUGGAGGAGGAUUAAAGAAUCCGCCAAUGUUUGUCAUUUGUAACCACUUACAACUCUCUAUCUGCAGCAAGGGCAGUAGAGUGAUAUGAAAAAAUAUAUAUUUGCC